AUGGAUAUCCCCGGGUUGCUUAUCCGUUGCGCCGUGUGCUGCCUUGCAGUGGCCGCGGCGGACAUCGCCAAGGACAGGCUCACCUACGACGGCGCCCAACUCUGGAGGAUCGAUCUCCAGGCCGGUGACAAAAACGACUACAUCGAUUACCUCCAGAAGAGAGGAGACUUGUCUCUAUGGACGGGCAACGACACCUCGAUGGACGUUUUAGUACUUCCUGACGUUAUACCGCGCGUCUCUCGCUUCCUGCACAAGCAGAACAUCAACUACGACGUCGUCAUUGGGGAUCUGCAGCAGGCGAUCGACCACGAGAAUCCGGUCCAAUCGGAGGAAUUUUUCGAACAGCUCGAGGGCCGCAAUGCACGCUACGCUUGGUGGAAGACUACCCUGCAAGUCACGGGGAUGCGAAAAAAAUAUACCUACUGUAGUUACUGUCCUCCUCGAUAUCCCGUAGCUAAUUCGUUAGACGCUGGUGGUGGUGGAGGUGAUCGACCCUGGCAAUGGAAGGGUCACAGAAUGGAGUGGACGAGUUACCACAGACUCGAGGACAUCCACGGCUACCUCGAUUACCUGGCCAACACGUACCCUCACAUUUGCUCCGUCAUGACGAUCGGCAAAUCGGUCGAGGGUCGCCCCCUCAAGGUGCUGCGCAUAAGCAAGGGAAUAGAGAACGCGACGGCCAUCUGGAUAGACGGGGGCAUUCACGCCCGAGAGUGGAUUUCACCGGCUGCCGUCACUUACGUUAUCGACUACCUCGUCGAGCACAGCGAGCAGCUCGAGGUCGAUUACUACAUUUUGCCCGUCGUCAACCCCGACGGGUACGAGUACACCUUCCGGGGUGAUAGGCUCUGGCGGAAGAACCGCGCCAGAACCGAGAAAGGUAGCUCCUGCAUCGGUGUCGAUUUGAAUCGCAACUUUGGGUACCGAUGGGGCGGCUUGGGCACCAGCAAGCAGCCUUGCCGGGAGACUUACGCCGGCACCGGGCCCUUCUCCGAGCCCGAGACCAACGCCAUCCGGAACUUCUUUGACAUAAGUGCCGCCAAUUUCAAGGCGUACCUGUCCUUCCACAGCUACGGCCAGUUCAUACUCUACUGCUGGGGCUACGACAGAGUUGUCCCCCCGGAUUACAAGGACCUGGACAACGUGGGCAGGAGCAUGGCUGCGGCUAUGCGCGCCGCCGGCUCCAACACCGAGUACACCGUCGGCAACAGCGCUACGACAUUGUACCCAGCGGCUGGUGGAUCGGACGAUUGGGCCAAGGGCUUGGCUAAUAUAAAGUACGCCUACACCAUCGAACUGCGCGACAAGGGAAAAUACGGUUUCAUCCUUCCGGCGAUGUACAUCAAGCCUACGGCCCUCGAGGCCCUUGCUGCCGUCCAGGUCGUCUCUCGAGCUGUUCUCGCGAAUUGA